AUGUUGUUCAACUCUUUAGCAUCCAUUGUCCUUGUUGCUGUCUCUGUCUCAGGUGCCGCCUUAAAGGCCCGCGAAAACGCUUCACCAGCAUACACAGAUGUUGACAUCCUCCAGUACGCUCUCACUCUUGAGCAUUUGGAAAGCACAUUCUACUCGACUGCUUUAGCCAAGUACAGCGCAGAUGAUUUCACCAAGGCUGGAUUUGAGGAACGGGUCCGCACACGAUUUGAGGAGAUCGCAAAAGAUGAGGCCGAGCACGUCAAGAUGCUCACUGACGGUCUCGCUUCCGCCGGUGGUUCUCCGGUAGGCGCAUGUACCUACGAUUUCCCUAUGACGGAUCCCAGUUCGUUCGUCGCUGUCGCCAACAUCCUUGAAGGUGUUGGUGUAUCAGCUUAUCUCGGCGGUGUCCCCAUCAUCUCCAGCAAGGCAUACUUGGGCAUCGCAGGAUCUAUCACCACCGUCGAGGCACGCCACUCUUCAUACAUCCGAAACAUCCAAUCGCAAUCCCCGUUCCCAUCUUCGCUAGACACACCGAUGAACCCGAACCAGAUCUACACAUUGGCCGCUGGAUUCAUCAAACCCGGAUGCAAAACUUUGGAAGACGCCAAGUUACCCCUUAAACCAUUCCCAGCUCUUACCUUGGGAGCCAAUGGUCUUGUUUACAAGGGUUCCGAAAUCAAAUUGACUCCUGCAAAAGCCCCCUCCACAACCGGAGAUGUAUACGCUGUAUUCUACUACGGUUUAACCAAGACUCCCGUUGUAUGGAAGAAUGGUAGCACCACUGUGCCUCGUGAUGCCGCUGGUCAAACCUACGUCAUCUUAUCAACCGCCAAAGAGGUCACAGAUGCUACCACAAUCGCUGGACCAGCAAUUGUGGAAGUUAUGGGUUAA